UUUUCAUACUCUAUUCUUUGCAAAACGAGUUGUAUGUUUGGUUCGUUGUACUUAUUUUAACAAUUAUUAUGAUUUUUUAUAAAGUGUUAACAAUUUUGGCAUUAACUUUGAUAUUUAUAAUACAAUAUAACAUUGCUGACCCCAUUGGCGGAGAAUUAACGAAAAAUGGGCUUAACAAUAAAGAUGGUGUAUUCAACUACUUUUAUGUAAUGCAAUUUGAAACUGUAGAAGACCUCCAAAGAGUUAAAGACACUUUAAUUAGAGAUCAAUCUAAAGUAAUAGAAGUCAAAGACAUCCCAAAUAGCUUUAGAAAGGAUUCAGUUAAAGUAAAACAAAAUGAAGAUGAUCUUCAAAUUAAUUCAAAAGGAUUCAAUGAAAAUCAAGUUAAAAUUGACUUAUAUUUACGUAGAUAUUAUGACCAAUUGAAGACUAAACAAUAUUUUUAUUUAGAUAGUAAGUAUUCGGUAAUCGUUGUAUUUUUUUUUAUAGCUAUAACAUUUUAAUAAAUAUAUCACAGUACAUACCCAAAACCAAAGUUAUUGUGUAAUGCAGUUGUGUUAAUAUAACUCCGUGUUUGUGUAUAUAUAACUAGUGAAAAAUACAGCCCAAUAGAAUAAAAUAUUUUGUCGUUUAUUUACAGCAAUUCCAAUGACUCCUAAAGAAUUUUGUGAAAACCUCGGUGAGUGAGAGUAAAACCACAAUAAAUUACUAUACGCAAUAAAAACUUAAAUUAAUAAUGUUCAAUAUAAUAGUACAUAGACAAUAUACAUGUAAUAUGUAU